AUGGGAGCUGGAUUCUUCACAACAGAUAACUUUACUUUAUUCUACUCCGGAGGAAACAAGCAUGAAAGAGGAGUAGGUAUACUUCUCGAUAAAGAAACCUCCAAGAGCGUAAAAGGCUUUUGGGCUGUUUCGGACAGAGUUAUUCUUAUAAAGCUCCACGACAAACCUUUCAACAUCUCAAUCAUUCAAGGUUAUGCACCGACAGCUGACUAUGACGAAGAUGCAGUUACGAAUUUCUAUGGAAAUAUAGACAAAGCCUACAAACAAUGCAAAUCAGAUGAUAUUAUCUACGUAAUGGGUGACUUCAACGCAAAAGUAGGAGAUAAGAGAAUUGGCAAUACAGUAGGACCUUUUGGCCUAGGAAAUAAAAAUGAUAGAGGAGAUAAUCUAGUGACCUGGUGCCAAUCACAUAACCUCGUCAUUACAAACACAUGGUACAAAAAUCCCCCACGUAGACUAUGGACAUGGCGAAGCCCUGGAGACCGAACUAGAAAUCAAAUAGACUACAUUAUGGCCUCUCAUCGAUUCAGGAAUUCUAUCAUAUCCUCUAAAGCAUUUCCCGGAUCAGAUUGUGGUAGUGAUCAUGUUCCAGUCAUCUGUGAAAGUAGAGUAAAAUUAAAACGAUUAAAUCAGUCAAAGAAGAACUUCAAACUUCAAAUUCAUCUUCUCAAAGAAGAUACAGAUAUAAAACAAAAAUACCGUAUCAAAGUACAAAAUCGUUUCGAAGCUUUAGGCGAAACUACCAAAACUGAAGCACUAUGGGAACAGAUGAAAUCCUCGAUAUUGGCAUCUGCUGUAGAAGUACGUCCAAAAAUUCAAAUGAACAAGAAGAAGAAAUGGAUGACUGAUGACAUUUUACUUUUAAUGGAACAAAGACGACUCAAAAAGUCUAAUCCACUCGAAUACAAAUCGAUAGAUAAAGAAAUCAGAAUCAAAUGCUCAGAAGCAAAAGAGAAAUGGCUGAACGAGCAAUGUUUAGAUAUCGAAAACAAAUUGAGCGUGAACACCAAGUAUGCUCAUAGAAGAAUUGAUGAAAUCACAGGAAAAUCAAGAUGUACCAGUUCAGGCUGCAUCAAAUCAAAAAGUGGAACCAUCCUUAUGGAAAAACAUGACAUAUUAAACAGGUGGUCAGAAUACAUAGGAGAACUUUUUGACGAUAAUAGAGCUCCUAAACCCAACAUUAAGAAAAAUAUAGAAGGACCUUCAAUAAUGAAAGACGAAGUAAGACAAGCUAUAAAAUCAAUGAAAACAAACAAAGCAACAGGUUCUGAUGGAAUAUCCAUCGAAAUGAUUCAAUGUCUCGAUGAACGAGGUGUUGACAUUAUGACAAAACUAAUAAAUAAAAUAUAUGACACAGGCGAAUUACCGGAAGACCUAACAAAAUCAAUAUUCAUCGCUCUUCCAAAAAAGCCUGGAGCAACUGAAUGCGAACUUCAUCGCACAAUCAGUCUCAUGAGUCAUGUCACGAAAAUUCUACUCAAGAUCCUAAUGAUGCGCAUGAAAAGCAAGACCGGACCAGAAAUAGCUAAAGAACAAUAUGGAUUCAUGCCUGAUAAAAGCACCAGAAAUGCGAUCUUCUUUCUUCGAAUGAUAAUCGAAAGGUCUAUUGAAGUCAAACAUGACAUAUAUCUUUGUUUUCUUGACUACACAAAAGCAUUUGACAAAGUCAAACAUGACAAUCUAUUCCAGAUUCUAGAACAACUCGAUAUUGAUGGCAAAGAUCUACGACUAAUACGAAAUCUUUACUGGAAUCAAAAAGCUGCCAUGAAAGUAAACAAUGACACAAGUGAAUACACAAAUAUCAAGAGAGGUGUCAGACAAGGUUGUGUUUUAUCUCCAGAUCUCUUUAACAUCUACAGCGAAAUGAUACUCAGAAAUCUAGAAGAUAUAGAAGGAAUAAAAAUUGGAGGUUAUAACUGUAACAACCUAAGAUAUGCAGACGACACAGUAUUAAUAGCCAGCACCGAAGAAGACCUACAGAAAAUGGUUAAUAUAGUUUCAGAAGAAAGCAUAAAAAUGGGACUAUCACUAAAUGUCAAGAAAUCGGAAUGUAUGAGUAUUUCAAAAGAUAAAACUCCACGAUCAUGCAAUGUAAAUAUAAAUGGAGAGACAAUCAAACAAGUAGAUCGAUUUAACUAUUUAGGAUCGACCAUAACACCAGAUGGUCGAUGUGAUGAAGAGAUCAAAAAGAGAAUUGCUCUCGCUAAACAAGCAUUCCAAAAGAUGUGUCCAAUUCUAAAAAAUAGAUCCAUAUCGAUCAACACUAAAACUAGAGUUCUUAAAUGUUACGUGUGGUCGAUUCUGUUAUAUGGAUCUGAAUGUUGGACAAUCAACAAAGAAAUGGAAAAACGCUUAGAAGCUACUGAGAUGUGGUUCCUAAGAAGAAUGUUGAAUGUACCUUGGACAGCUAAAGAAAGCAACGAGUCAGUAUUAAAAAGAAUGAAAUGGAGAAGAUGUCUCCUGAAUACCAUCCGUUACAGGCAACUAAAAUUCCUUGGUCAUAUAAUCCGUAAAGGUUGUCUGGAACACCUGGUAUUGAGCGGGAAGAUCAACGGAAAGAAAGACAAAGGUCGACCAAGGAUCAAGUACCUCGAAAACAUAAGCCUUUGGAUUGAAAAACAAGGCUACGAAAAAGUAGACUUCCUUCACGCAGCUCAAGACCGGAAAAAUUGGCGUCUCAUGUUAGCCAACGUCUGCAACAGAUAA